GGAAAAAGUAUUUGACACAUUAAUUUUACACACAUGUCUAACGCAACUGAUUUUAGAAUAAAAACUAAGAGGCAACACAAAAUGCACAACGAUUGCAAAAGCACGUCGAACACGAUCAAACUGCCCGACAAAUUGCGAAUUCCUCGAGGAGAAGAAACCCUCUUGCCGAACGUCCCCGAAGAAAUCAUCUACCCCAACGAACUAAACACCUAUCUAAGAGAACAACUCAUGUAUUACGUCCACAAAAACGGCAUGCUGGAGAAAAACCUCAACGAGGUGGAGGAGAAAUACUCGGCCAGCAAAGAGAGCAUAAACAAAUUGGAGAUCAAACUGAGCGACUACGAGAACCUCUGCGACAAGUCCAAAUUCAGCACCUCCUCCCAGCUAAUCAGCUCCAAAAUCAUCGAAUUGACCAAGAAGCUCAGGGAAAAAACGUCCGAAAUCGAAUCCAUGAAAACCAAGUACUCCAAACUGGAAAAGGAAACGUUCCUGCUCAAGGAGCGAAUGGAUAACGAUCCACACACUAAUGUUUCAGUCAAAGAAAUCACCGAGACCCCGGCGAAUUCGAUCAACGAAGAGGAGCAGAAGAGGCAAGCCGACAAGCUGGCCCAUUUGAACAGCAAACUGAUGGAUUCGAAGAAUUCCAAUUCGCAGCUGAAAAAGGAACUAACGUUGGCGAAGAGGAUACUGCAACAGGAGGUGGGCGAGAGCCUGGACAGUUUGCAAACGAUGUUGAACGGCAGCAACGCCGGCUGGAGGGGCAGGGCCCAAAUGAUAUGCGAUUUGCAGCAGAAGAACGCCGAUUUGAGGGAGAAAUUGAAGCAGGCACUGGACAAAUGUCCCUCGCCCAUCGAGAUGAUCAACAAAAACGAGGCGCUAUUGAACGAAUUGACGAAGGAGAACGCCGAAUUGAAGGUGAAAUUGGAGGAGGCGAAGAAGAAAUGCGAGGCGGCGAAGGCUCGCGUUAAAGUCAUCGAUUUGGAACACGGCCUGACCAAAUCCAAGCUGACCAUGCUCGUCGAGCAAGCUGCUAAAGACAAGGAAAUAAUAUCAACACUCUCGAAACAAAUUAAUUGUACGAAAGAGUCGCAAAUCGAGUUACUGGCUCAGAAAGAGCAAGCGCUGCAAAAAAUUCAGGUGGAAAAGAAGAAGCUUUCCCAAGAAAUGGACGGUUACAAGACGGUCAUAGAAGGAUUACGCGAUGAAUUGAGUUCGUUAAAAAGAAGCUUGUGUUCGAAAGAUGGGAAUAAAUCGUAUUUAAACCGAGAUUUAUCACGAGACAAGGGAACGGAAACGGACGAUAAAUUUCAUGAUAUUUUGGAAAUAUUCGAAAAAAUGUGCGAGCGGUUGAAUCAAGAACGAGAAAACCACGCAAAAACUCAAAGUCUGCUCAGGGUAGAGAAGCAAAAAGUCACCAGAGCGGAGGCCGCUUUAGCUAAAAUGGAACUAGACACUUUACAUUCAGGAUAUAGUUCGACAUCUUUGUCCAAAAUAUCGGAAACGAGCUUAAAAGACCAAUUGGAAUUGACCGAGGAACGUUUGAUGGCCGCAAAAACGCGUUUGGAAAUCGAACAAAUGGAAAGGAAGUCGGAUUUGACGAAUUUCGCGAAAAUUUUGAAGACCUACGACAUUCAAAUACCGGAAUGCGUUCAAGCCAAAUGGGAGAGAAUCUAAAUAUUAUAAUUUUUGUACUUGUUUUUGUCAAUAAAUGAAAUAAUUCACCUCG